AUGGUCUGCUCAGAGUUGGAGGUUUUAAACAAGCUGAAGAGUUCAGGACUUUCUUCCGUCAACCCUAUUAUAGUUCCAAAUGGACAUGUGGCAGUACUACUGGUACGUUUCAUCCAUAACAAGGUUUUUCAACAGGGCAGAAUGAUCACUGAAGGCGCUGUACGUUCUCACGGCUAUUGGAUCCUGGGAGCAAGGAGACUCAUAUCCUCUAUCAUUCAUGUUUGCGUUGUGUGUCGGAAGCUCCGAAGGAUGCCCCAGGAACAGAAGAUGGCAGAUCUCCCUGUCGAUCGGCUCACCCCAGGACCACCAUUUUCCUCUGUUGGAAUUUGGUCCUUUGCCAGUAGUUAUCAGAAAGACGCGUGGUGGGUCAGCACAGAGUAA